CUCCGCUGCCUGCCUGCACUCGACGUCGACCUUUCGACAACAGUGACACACGCUCCUCCCUCACCCUCCCUCACCUCUCUCCCAUCUCGUGCGUAGCUUGCUUGGCCGCCCGUCGUCGCCCCCGACAUACACGCUUAUACUUCCCCGCAGAAAAAUGUCCGCCAUCCGCCUCAGCUCGUCGCUCCGCGCCGCCUCGCGCCAGGUCUCGGCCAUCCGUGUCGCCCGGAGGGGUUACGCCGACGUUGCGGACGGCGCCCUCAAGCUCUCGCUUGCCCUCCCCCACCAGUCCCUGUUCACCUCGUCGGCCGUGACCCAGGUCAACAUCCCCGCCUACACUGGUGACAUGGGUGUCCUCGCCAACCACGUCCCCACCAUUGAGGCUCUCCGCCCCGGUGUCGUUGAGGUUAUCGAGGAGGGUGGCAAGACCGGCAAGUGGUUCGUCUCGGCCGGCUUCGCUACCGUCCACGGCAACAACAGCAUCACCAUCAACGCCGUCGACGCUUACCCCCUUGACGCCUUCACCAUCGAGAACGUCCGUGCCGGUCUCGCCGAGGCCAACAAGGUCAUUGCUUCGUCGGCUCCCGAGGCUGAGAAGGCCGAGGCCCGCGUCGAGGUCGAGGUCUUUGAGGCUCUCCAGGCCGCUCUUGCCAAGUAAGAGUGGUUGUUAGUGGGUAGAAGGUAAACGCCUGGUCCACGGGCAAGCGCUGUUCAUCUCAAUAUGCAUGGAUAGUGUGAAUGG